AUGUCCCCUCCAAACAGACAAUACAUGUCAUCUUCUGCAUCUGCGCGUCUGAACUCCACCACCAUUGAUAAUAAUCUCCCCCUUUACGGAAACAAAGAUUCAUCUGAACAUUCUAAUACAUUGUCAAUAAAAGACUCUGAUAUGAGCAACCAAAUAUUGAGCAACGAUUUGAAUAUUAAAACCUCGAAUCAUGUCAUGUCACAAAAUAACAACGUCCCAACAAAUUAUAAUUUGACAAUGCAAGGUGAUGUUGUUCGUUUCCCUGUUGUUCAGCCCACUUAUCCAUCAGUUAUCUUUCAUGAGCAACCACAGCCGUCGAGCUACCAUUCGUUUGAUCACCAUCGUCAAAAAAUCGAGUUCAAGCAGCAACAAAUGAGUUAUGAAAAUAUCCACAACACCCAGUGUAAUCCUUUAUAUUUGCAUCAUCCUCUAGCCCAACAUCAUCAAAUACUUUUACAGCCUCAGGAUAUAAAUCAAUACCAGCCCAUGCAGCCGCUAGAUCAGUUUAACCAACCACAACAACAAGCUCAAAACUAUGCAUUUCAACGAGAGGUAAUCCAACCACAACAACAGCAAAUUUACCACCCUUACCAAUCCGGUUAUGUGCAACAGCAUGUGCAGCAACACCAGCCUCACUAUAUCAACCAACCAAGACUACACAGCCCGUAUCAAUUUGUAUCAAAUAGGGUCAAUAAACCGCCACAUACAAAUUCUCAUAAUCAUAGGAACCAUUUAAAAUUUCUUUCAAGUUUUCCUUCAUGUGAUCAAACAAGAGUCAUAGAUUACCGAUAUGAUCGGUCUCUUUCGAAUCCACAGUCUAUUCAAUGGUUUGAGCAGUCGGUAUACAAUCUAAACCCAUCAUUUGACAGCCGCAGUUAUACAAACCGUUCAAAUAGUUCAAUUCAGUUCGACAAUAGUUUUCAGGAUCUUAGCAAUGCAGCCUCCAGUGCCCCAUCACCAUAUAUGAAACCACCAAUGGGGCAACAACAGUUAAAGGUAUUCCAAAAGAAUCAUUUUUCAACAAAUAUUACUCCCACAUACACGGAUCUGCAAGAUAAUCAUCAUUUGCCUGGAGAUAGUCUAUCUUUUAUUGGCAUGCAUGUUCCUUACCCCGACUUGAACUACUUGAAUCUCGCAAGAGAACCAAAUGUGGAAUCUUCGGGCUUAGCGUUAUCCAACAAAUGUUCAACGUUUGAGCCCAUGUUCAAUGAAAAACAAUUCAAAACUCAAUCAGAUGACCUCAAAAUAAUUAAUAUACCCAACGACCAUCCAUCACCUUUAAGUGGUGCUUCCCCAUUUGAUGCUGCAAAUCAUGCUACAACAGUUGAUACGAAAGCGAAUAAUAACGAUGACAGCAACUUUGGUAAUCAAAGCCUACUUGCAACGUUAUUUAUAUCCAAGUUUAACUCAACGAGAUUUUUGAAAUUUGCGGAGAUUCAUUUUAGUUCGUUUCUGCAAACUAUUGAAAAGCUCAACAUUAGUGCUGAUCAAUUCCCGUCAUAUGAUAUUGAUUCGGAUAAAUGUUUCAGAAAGUCAAGGGAAAAAUUGCUACUUCAGUGGAAUGAUACACAAUCAUCUUUGAGCUUGAACUUUUGCACCUGUAUGAAAUUUGUCUCGUACGACAGUAAACCAUCCGCUUGUCCUUUCAAAUGCGAAGAACCGAUAUUAAAUCAUAAAAAUGUGACAUUUUCAAUUGAGUUAUUCAACAACUUUAUUAUUUCUAUCCUUAAUAAUAAGUCAUUAAGAUCAUAUCUGAAAAAUACAAUUAGACCACAAAAGGAUUCCAGGAGCAACACGUAUUAUUUACAAGGGGUCCAUGAUGGCUCCAUUUAUAGUGACGAAAAAGAUGCUGACCUCGAUUUUAUUUUCACCUUUACAAUAGUUUCACCAAACUUGAAGAUGAAAAAUCCUAACAGUGACAACUACGCCCCUCUUUGUCUGGUUUUGAAUGAACUUCCUCCCGAGUUAAAAUACCGGCCUGAGUUUGUAUUUCUGAUAUGUUUCAACGAUUUGAAUCAGCCAGAACCUAUUGUUAAUAAGUUAUUAGAACCAAUCUUCUUAUACUUUGAACAUUUAAGAAACAAUCCUCUUCGGAUCAGCUUAAAUCGCCAUGAAUACCGUUUCAAAAUAUUGCUACUAUUUGGGUUAAGUAACGCAGAUAAUAACAAAAGAAACCUUCUCAAUGCUUCCAACGUCACUCUAGAUUACCCAUGUUCACUAUGUCCUAUUCCGAGUGUUACUGUGGAGAAUCAGUCUUGUGUGACAUACAGCCUCGUCUAUAAUUCCAGAAAAAUCGAAAGAAUUGACAAGAACAAUUAUAAGGAAACGGUUGUGGAACCAAUGAUCCGUUUUAGUGAGCGGAAACGUGAAAAAUUAUACAAGACUAAAGUUUUAGAUUCCUUAAACUUUUCAAAACAUGUUUUUGUUGACCCUUUAAAUGCCACAUUACUAUGUGUUUUCAAAAAUGGAAUUUUGAGGGUUUGUAUUGAUUACCUUAAGUCUAACCGCUUAAGUAGCAUUGAGCAGAGCAUCAAAACUGCUCAUGAACUUGAAAACUUAUUCAAAAAUCCAAAAAUAGUAUCACAAUUGACCAACUCGAUAUUUUCUGUUCCGACAGACUCAAUUGACAUUGAUGAUUUGAAAGUUUUGCAAAGAAUUUUACCAUUUUUCUUUCGAUUUGAGCUGAGUGAGAUGUUUGAUGCUAGCAGUAGAUUGAAGGAAAAUAUUACUUACAGACUCAAAUCACUUUCUGUCUUACUUGAGUUAAAUAGUUACAUCAGUGUGUUAUUUUGUUCUGAAAUAACUAAAUCAUCUUUGCAGCUGAUAAAAAAAGGGUUUUCCAGUUUGAUCGAGGAAAUUGAAAACUUAUCAAAAUCCAACAAGUUUGAACAUUUGAAUAAGUUACUCAAUGUUUCAUUGCAUUAUAUGAUACAUUUAUAUAAUGAUUGGGAGAAGUUUGGAACACCAAACGUAGCUUCCUUAUUGGAAAUGGACAAGGCUAUUGAUAAAUAUGGUGAAUUGGUGGGUACAAAUGCAAAGCCACUAAAAGAGAAGGAACUGUGUGAUCGUGUCAAGCUUUUAAAUAUUCAAAAUUGUAUGAAAGUUUUCAAUUAUCGAGUGCCAAAGUAUUCAACAUUUGAAUUUAUGGAGAUUGUCCCAAUUCCAGGAAAUCAACUUAGUCAGCGUUGGAGAGUAAAGGUCAAUGAAUUUUGCAAUAGGUUUUUGUCGAAGAAAGAAGGGUAUUUUGAAGAUGGAAACUACAUCAGUUUUGAGAACAUCGGUUUAUUUAGAAAGGAUCAUAUAGAAAACAGGCCAUCUUUACAACCUACUAGAUUCAAUUUGGCUCGUAUUAGAAACUUUAGAAGAAGUGUUGGGUGGAGAUAUAUCUACAUCAACAGCAUGAAUCAAAUUACACAUAUGAACCACGAAACUAAUGAAAAGGUUUCGGCAGUGUUCAUUGAAUACAGGAUGACCAACACGGAAAAGUGGUACUGCCAAACAACACGAGACAGACCCAAGUUUCAAGUUAGUGAGUCUCUGUCAAUGGAUGCACCGAGCAGAGAAAUGAAAUCUGUUUGGCUGGAUGAUAUUCGACUAGUGAACUUGCGGGUGGUCGGUGAAACACAUUGGAUAUAUGAUCCCCAUUUAACUCUGGAUAGUGUAUUUAACAUAUAA